AUGCCCCAACUCAUACGAGGACUCUCCGGUACACCUCCAUCACCAAGCUCCAAGUUCCGCGUGGACCUACUAGCAUCAUUCUACCCCCAAUUUCGCUAUCACUACCUAAACGACUCAUCCACCUUUCCUCAAGCGAUCGAGCGGCAUCUUAUCUCCUGUGAGUUGCACAAGGAAACCUCGGUACUCUACCUCGACGGAAUAUCUCCUGUGGAGAAACAACACACAAACUCCUUGAGGCAGGACAAACGCAAUACCGCACUGGCAGGAGUGGAGGAUUGUAUCCGGGAUAUGGAAAAAUCGCUGGAGGGAGGUCACACUCCACACAAGCCCGCUUUCAAGAUAUUAGAGAAGAAGCUCCGUGGCACAUUCUACCUCGGUCAAGACUCUUGGAUGGUGUUGGCCACAUAUCUACGCGGACAAGGUUGGGACUUGCCAGAAGUUGCGUCCGAAUCGGAUGUUGCCAAUGCUCGUGAUUUCAAGUCUGGAGAUGUCGCUACAAACCAGCAAAUCGUCGGUAAGGGACAGGAUCAAGAACAUGAGCCAGAUUCGCGGAGCAUGUACAAUGAACAGGAGCCUUUCCUGCAGAUCCUCUUGAACGCUAUCAUGAACACGACACAACCUGGUACAAAGGCGAAUAUGAGAAAAAUCACCGCGAAUAUGGAGCUCGCCCGUGAGUUUUUCAACAGGAUCAACCUGUUUGGCGUCUCGGGUCCACCAACCAAGCCGCCUUAUCCAGCAUCAACAAUAGCCCAGCCUGUCGCCAACCAGGUUUACGUGGAAUUCAAAAAGCAUUACAAGAAUGGCUCCAUGGAACUCUGCAGGAAGGUAAUGACAACUAGAACUAAUGUUGCCGAUGAAACUCUUUUAGGGAUAGAAUUCUUAAACCCUGCCUCAUAA